CUCGAAUGCACUCCAGAUAAAUGCUACACUAUUACAUGAAGUUUAAUGCCAUCGCAUGAAGUGCAUUAUGCGGCAUGAAGUUGGUGUAGGAUACAUUCUGAUUGCCUCAUAGGGCAACAGGACAUCGAAACUCCGAUGUAUCUUGUGUCACAUCAUGAUGGUCGCUCGAUUUGGCUGGCAUCAUGACGUCUCCAGCUACAUCCAAAGACAUACUCAGGCACAAGGCAAACCGAACCCACCCCCUUCCUCUUUGACAUCACCAUCCCCAUCUGCCUGGAGAAGUCUCGGAUUGCAGGCUGCCAGAUUCCAUUAAUCACACGGAGAGGAGGGGCCGGCCUUAUGACGUCAGAAACGAG